CCGAUAAAUGACCAGUCAAUAUUAGAUUGUGGCAAUGAUCUACGAUCUCAUGCAUUUACCUGAUUCAGUGAUUUUUUACCUUAAAUACGAACAGUGGUGGCAUAGUGACAAUUGGUGUGAUAGUCAUUCUCCGCGUUUCGAGCAUCAGCAGAGAUAACAGGAGCUUUCUGGAUCUUGUACACUGACGAGAGGUUUUUGGCCUACUAGAGUUGAAAGAACUCACUUUUAAUCGUUUUGAAACUAAGAAGGGGUAAACGUUUUAAAUAUAAAGUAAAAUGGCCACCGUGCAGUCUCCACCUGACUUGAGUCUGACGUCGCCGCUACCUGUGAAACAGGAUACAAAUGACUUAGACUUAGUGGCAUUGACUAUGGCCGCUCUACGCUUCGUAAGCCCGUGGUCUGUGGACACUCCAACCAAAUGGUCAACGCGUAUUGUGCCUGGUACUCCGGAAGCUAAAGAUCGCGUCAUCACUUUAGCAGAGGUAUCUCUACACGACACCCCUAAAGACUGCUGGGUAGUCAUAUACGACAGAGUCUAUGAUAUCACCGACUUUCUCGACGAGCAUCCUGGUGGAGACGACAUCAUGUUAGAAUAUGCUGGCCGUGACGCAAGUACAGCAUUCCGGAGCUCUGGACACUCUAUUCUAGCUACUAAAGCACUAGAUCGUUUUUUGAUUGGCGAGCUUCCUCUACAAGAACGCAUGUAUCGUCGACCGGGUGGCAUUCGUCUUAGCGACAUACCGGAAUAAUUCGCUAAAAAUUACCCAAAUAAUAUAAGCCACUUUGUUUAAUUAUUGUUUGACACUGUGAAGGAAUUUAAUUUAAAACUAUUUAAAUUUGUUGUUAGGCUAAGCUAUCGCUAUACACUCUUAUCGCUUAAAAUUUCAUAUUACAAAUAACUUACUUAACUACUUAUUUAGUUUACGUAUUAUUGUUAACAAAGAGAUGUCGUGUCGUGAGAUAAGUGUCUGUAUAAAGAUUUUGCCAGUAUUAACUGGUACAUUUAUUAAAUUAAGGUAUCACGUCUUGCAUUUAUUUAGAAUCGUUUAUUAUAAGCACCAUUUCGCUCGACAGUAUUAUGUAAAAGAAUUUUUACACUUUAUUUUUACUAAAUGUUUUCUUGCUGUUUAUGUAUUGUUUUUUAA